UACAAUUUGUACGUGCUACAAAUACUAUGUUAAAAAUAUUAAUUGUGGCGCUAGUCCUUUGGGCUGGUGUCAGUUGCGAUAAUGAUGUUAACAAUGAUCAAAGUGACAGUUUUUUAUCUGGUUCUGAAGAUAUUAAAAAAAUACUUCCACACUUAACAGACUUAAGGCCAACAGAACCACCACCACCGUCUAGUAAACCGCCAGGACCACCGGAGCCUCCAAGUCCAAGUGAUAUACCAGAGUCCCCACCUAGCAAACGUCCAGGACCAACACAGCCACCACCAAGCACACGUCCAGGCCACCAGGACCCCCGCCUAGCAAACGUCCAGGACCACGGACCCACAAGCAAACGCCCGGCUCGACCUCCACCAAGCAGACGUCAAACACCAGGCCUCCACCAAGAAAGUCCGGGCCACCCGGACCUCCACCAGCAGGCGCCCUAG